AGAUCAUCAUUGCCAUACCAGAUCCUUCUUUUUCUAAAUGGAUGGUAUUUUGCAUUUUUUUUUGUUUGUGAAAUUCUUCUCUUUGUUUUCAAAGGUAUGGGUUUUUAUGGUAAUUAAAAUAGCAUCAAAUAAUAGUAGUAAUGUAUUGCUUAGUUAUGAGAUAUUAUAUCCUGUCAGCUUUUUUAGAUAUUCAAAUCAAUUAUCUCAAACCUGCUAUUUAGCUUUGUCAAUUAUUUGGGCCAGAUCUCCUUGCCCACAUCAAAAUUCAAAUUAUACUUAUGGAUUUACCCAAAUGGGGGCAGUUAAAUGAAAGCUAUAAAUAUCAUUGCAGAAAAUAUGCUAUACACAGAUAAAUACUUUUUGGGCUAUCUAUGCAUGUAACAUCCUCAAAGAAUUAAAUAAUUUUAUCUUUAAACAAUUACAGUAUAUUAGAUUUUCUUCAAAAUAAUUAACAAAGUCUGGGUUAAUUUGGAGUAAAUAUUUAGAUUGAUUACAUUCUUGAUUUAAAAGUCAGUAUUAAAAUAAAAAAUGUGAUUACUUUUACACUAAACAUUGAUUCAAUACACCAAGUCUAAACUUUUUGUUCAUCUAAUCUAGGAGAAACUCUGCCUUAUGCAACAAAUGUCUUAGCUGCUGAAGUGAUAUUGCUAUUUUUGUUAGCUAUGGUUGAGGCUCUGCGGUUAUUCUUUGGUAAGUGCUUACACAUUCUUAGAUAUGUUAGAAUAAUGCUGGUUAAUGCAGAUACAUUUCUUAGAGUUGUAAAUUAUUAAUUUUUGUUUAUGAACUCAUGCAUUGUUCCUGAAGUAUAGAUUUACAGAUCAUAAUUUUCUUUUUCUCCUUAGUUUGAAAUUAAAUUUCAUAAUUGAGCAAAGUUUUUAUCUGUUAAUCACUAUUUGAAAAAAAAAAAUUCAUUGCCCUAUUAUUUUCCAUUUAUUUAUAUUUUUAUUAAAUAAUGGCAUGUCCUUCUUUUCUUGUAUUACAGGAAGACGAGGCAAUUUAACUGAACAGAUCAUGGGAGUGUUAGUUUGUGUUAUACUCAGCAUAGCAACAAUUUUUGGCGUGCUUUUCUUUCUUUUGUGGCAGACAUAUGUGUUACGAGUUGAGAUCAUCCUUACAUCCAUUCAGUUGUUCUUUAUUGGCAUGGAACUGAUCUUUGGCAUAAUUUCAAUCAUCACUUUUGCUAAGUAA